AAGAGGGCCGUUCUUAAAGGGAUCGGAGCCACUUUUUGGCCUCCAAUUUUGCGUCAGCACGGGCGGAAGAGCAGAUUUCUGGGAUUCAGGGGGCCUCUCCCUCGCACAGCUGGUGCUGUGACGACUGGAAGAAAAGUGGAGAGGAAGGACUUUGAAUCCAUCCCUGGGCCCCGAGCGAGCGGCCUAAGGGGACUUGCAUCCCUGCAGGAGGAAGGCCGGCUGGGCGCCGGAAACCGCACAACUGGACCGGCUGAUGCCUGGGACGGCAGGGGGGACUUGCACAUCUGGGUCCCGCCCGGGGCGGAGGCCGCGGGGUCCACUGCGACCCCGGAGCUGCUGAUGCGCCGGGGAGAAAGAAGCGGCUGCACAAGGGCGGCACCGGGGUGUCUCUGGGGGCAGAGGAAAGGGGCGGAGCGGCAACCGGGGACUCGGUAGCCCUAGCCCGGGGCUUGCUUAGCUGGCUAGGUGGGUGCCUGACACGGGAGCGUCCGGGGAUCGCUCCCCAUCCCCGUUUCUAGAGGCCGUCCAUCUCCACCCCGCCGAGAUGCCGGAAGAAAACAUCUUUCUGUUCGUGCCCAAUCUCAUCGGCUAUGCUCGGAUCGUCUUCGCCCUCGUUUCCUUCUACUUCAUGCCCAGCUGCCCGUUCACUGCCUCCUCCUUCUACUUGCUUAGUGGGCUCUUGGACGCCUUCGACGGACAUGCAGCCAGGGCCCUGAACCAAGGAACUCGCUUUGGGGCAAUGCUGGACAUGCUGACUGAUCGAUGUUCCACCAUGUGUUUGCUGGUAAACCUAGCUCUGCUCUACCCUUGGGCCACCCUGCUCUUCCAGCUCAGCAUGAGUCUGGAUGUUGCCAGCCAUUGGCUGCACCUACACAGCUCCGUGGUCCGUGGCAGUGAGAGCCACAAAACUAUUGACCUAACAGGGAAUCCCAUCCUUCGACUCUACUAUACGUCCCGGCCAGUGCUAUUCAUCAUGUGUGCUGGGAAUGAAUUUUUCUACUGUCUGCUUUACUUGCUCUAUUUCUCCGAGGGACCAUUAGUGGGUUCAGUGGGUCUGUUCCGACUGGGACUCUGGAUCUCCGCUCCUAUUGCUUUUCUCAAGUCCCUCAUCAGUGUCAUCCACUUGGUCACUGCUGCACGCAACAUGGCUGCCCUGGAUGCUGCUGACCGUGCCAAGAAGGAAUAACCCUGAUGUCUUCUCUGCUUCCAGCAAACUUCCAGCCCCGUUCCUCUCGCUGCCCUGCCCCCUGCCCCCACGGUGCUGUUAUGCCCUCCCCCCAUGAGGUCAGCCUUUUAUGUAGCACAAGGCGAGUCCUCCACAGUGCUGUCACCUCCCCCCACGCCCCCCAGUGCUGUCAGAACUUCUUAAAGGAUGUCACUGUUCUUUGUCCCCACUCCCAUGUGGUACCACUUCCCGAGAUGAGGGUAGCAGCUAGACAUCAGAUGAGGGCUCUCUUCCUGGGGACAAUGGUGGAAGUCCCAGCCACGAAGGUGAGGCCCUCGGCUCUAUGACCUGGGGGUGGCCGUGCUCCUUGGGAGAGACAGGGGUGUCCUAGCACGGAGCCAGGCCAGAGGGCUGUUGGUGGCAGCCCCAGGAGACUCUGGGACCCAUGCAAGCUGGCAUGGUGCUGCUAUUUGAGGAAGAUGGCGUGGGGGCUGGCUCUCCACUAGGAGCCAAACUCCCCUCCUGGCCUGGACGGUCCGGGAUUGGAGGAGUCUUUGCCCUGGGAACUUUACCCAGGAGGGAAGGAGGCUGUCUGGAUCCUUCCCUGUUGUACUGUGUCUCAUGAUGUGUAAUCUGGCCCUAAGGCCUUGAUGAUAAAGGAGGAAACUUCACAAUCAGA